AUGCAGGCGCGCGUUCUGCUGCCGCGCACCGCCAGAGGCGCGGUGCGGAGCCUGUCGAUCCUCCUCGCCAUAGGAGCCAGGGGCGCCGACGGCGUGCAGAGGGGGCCCGCCGCCACUGGGCCAGUGGAGCCCGCUUCGGAGCCGCUGUAUGAUGCAUUCCGGCGGCGGCACUGGGCCGACGAGGACGCCGGGCGGGACCACGUCGGCCGCGCCGUUCGCGCGUCGCUGUUCCAGGCGCGGAGCGCCGAGGUCGCGGCGCACAACGCCCGGCCGGGUGUCUCCUGGAAGAAGGCCGUGAACAAGUUCUCGGACCGCACCGACUCGGAGCUCCGCGGCAUGCUCGGGCGCGUGCGCGGCGGCGGGCGCCCGCGGGGCUUCUCGCCCAGCCCCGCCGCGUCGGUGGGCUCCCUCCUGCAGGUGCGGCACUCUGGGGGCGGUCGCGCGGCGUCCGUGGACUGGCGCGACCGGCUGAACACCUCCAGGUCGUUCGUGCAUGACCAGGGCUCUUGCGGGUCCUGCUGGGCGGUGGCGGCCGUGGGCGCGCUCGAGAUGCACGCGGAGGCCCUGCACGGGCGCACGGUGCGCCUCUCCUACGAGGUCCCUGCAUUCGGGCCGAUCGUUUGUUCCAAUCCCGCGUUGUUCUUCCACUGCGAAGGAGUCGCGAGGGCGCCGCGGCAGAAUUUGCGCCCUGAAUCCGAGCCGCGCGCGCCCUCCCUGAGCGUGGAAAUUGGCCUCCCAGUUAACGCGAGCAAGGAGAUCGAUGCGCGGAUUGAGUCUCCAAUGAACGCCCGCCAGGGCAGGGGGAAGAUGCCGAAAGGGCCGCUGGUUCGUCAGAAGAGUUGUUGCCUUGCGGACCGGGCGGGCCUGUCGAUGUCGGCGGUGGAGUCGGUCGCGGCGGCGCGCCUCCCGCGCGGGGCGGGCCGCCGGGCCCGCUGGGCGACGCGGCCGGGGGGCGAGGUGGUGCCCCGCAAGGCGCGGGCCCCGGAGGCGAUGGUCCCGGAGGCAUUUGCGGCGGAGACGACCGGCGACGAGUCGGCCGCGGCUGAUAUCACCUUCGCGCUGCGGUCGCAUGGCGUCUUCCCCGUCGACUCCGGCGCAGCUGGCGCUGGGCGCGCGCCUGCUCAGUCGGAUGGCGACGUGGGUGUGGUGGGCGAUCCAGGGAACGUCUCUGUUGCGGUAAUCGAUGGAUGCGCUUUCCUUGCUGGCGAGGAGCGCGUAUUCAGCGCCCGUCGACUGACCUCCGAGCCCGUUGCCCCGGCCCAACUCAAGGUCAAACUUCGGGGCGCCCUGGCGAGGAAGCAGUAA